UGGGCAGGUCUCCGCCCCGUGAGGCGGGCCCGUUGGAGACGCCGCCGCCGCCCGCUGCCGCCGCCGCUUCCUCCGCGAUCCCCACCCCAGUUGGCGCCGCGAGAGGAGCGGGGCUGGGCUGGGCUGGGCUCCGGCGGCCAUGGAGCUGCGGAUCCUGGAGCCCCGCGUGCGGGUGCUGCGCCUGGCCCGCGCCGGCCUCUGGCUCUACACGCACCCGCUGCUCAAGAUGCUGCUCCUGCCCCAGCGCAGCAGGUGCAGUUUCUUCAGCUUGACCGAGACUCCCGAGGACUACACCAUCAUGCUGGACGAAGAAGGCUUUAAAGAGCUGCCCCCCUCCGAGUUCUUGCAGGUGGUCGACUCCGUCUGGCUGGUGCUCAACGUCUCCUCCAGCGGCAGCGCCUCCGCCAACCUCCAGCCCAUCGGAGUCACCAAGAUCGCCAAGUCUGUCAUCGCGCCCUUGGCCGAGCACAACGUCUCGGUGCUGAUGCUCUCCACCUACCAGACCGACUUCAUCCUGGUGCGGGAGAAGGACCUGCCUGUGGUGAUCCACACUCUGACGGGCGAGUUUGAGAUCUACCAGGAGGUGAAUGGGGAGCCGGUCCCAGCCAGCUGUGAGGAGCAGAGCAACGGGUUCCUCCGGCCCAGGCAAGCUGUGAACUCCACCGUCCACCCCGUGCAGAGCCCACAGAACAGAUUCUGCAUCCUGAGCGUGGCCCCUGACAGCUUGCCAGCCAUGGCCACGAUCCUCAUUGAUGUCCUCUUCUACUCUCACAGCCCUCCAAAGGAAACCCCUCCAGGCAGCCAAGAGCUUGACUCCUUCACCUUCUUUGCCUUCUCGCUGAUCGAGGGCUACAUCUCCAUUGUCAUGGACGCCGAGACUAAAAAGAAGUUCCCCAGUGACCUCUUGCUGACCAGCUCCUCGGGGGAGCUCUGGAGCAUGGUGCGGAUCGGGGGGCAGCCUCUGGGCUUCGACGAGUGUGGGAUCGUGGCCCAGAUCGCAGAACCCCUGGCUGAUGCCGACAUCUCUGCCUACUACAUCAGCACCUUCAACUUUGACCAUGCCUUGGUCCCGGAGGAAGGCAUUGAAAAUGUCAUUGAAGUCCUCCAGAAGCGGCAGCAGAGUGGGAGAUAGCUAUUCUGUGCCGCUUCCCUGUGGCUCUGGUGACCAUCCAGAAGGCCGGCGGACGGAUCGUUUCCCUGCUGCGCCUGACUCAAGACCAGGCAGGACCCCACCCCAGGGGGCGGCCCUGGGCAAGCAGGGGGCUCUUGAGUGUGUCCGGGAGAGCAGACCCCUCUGCGCAGAGCACACGGCCACCUCCAGAUGCACAGAACAGUUCUUGACUCCUGAGGAGGAGGAGGCUGGCGCCUUCUCUGGAUUCUCUCCACAACCUGACCCACUGGAUCCGCGUCUCAGGAUUGCCAAAUCCGGCUCCGACUCUGCACCCUUUUUUGUUCUGCCGCCCUUGAAUCCGGUUGUGCGCGGAGCCAAGGAGAAGGCACCUUUUGCCCACAGCAGCUUCUGUGGAGAGUGUUUUGCACAUUUCCGGGCUGAGCUUUCCCAGUUGGAAGUCAAGCCAGGAAUCUUGGGGGGUUGCAAGGAGCUUUUGUUUUUGUUUUUGUGAAGGGGAGGGUAGCCAACGUGUUAAGUGUUACAAACUGUUCUUUUAUGUUUUUUUCCUUGAAAUGCAACACUAAGAAUACAUAAAUUUUCUUUUAACGUGUAAAUGGCUGGGUAAGUGAAGAGGCUUGUCCAAGUCCUACUUUGAGGCCUCUUGUCCUGGUUGCUGAGGUUUCCGUCAUCUGGUGCUCUGGAGAGGCUUGUCCUUUCUGUGGUCAUACUACCCACUCACCUGGGGUCUCCCACCUGCAGUUGCAGCCAGUAGUUUAAGGUUUUUUGGGGUGGGUGGGGGGAGAGCUUUGGCAUAAAAAGCCCCUUUCUUUCCCCGCCCCCCACCAUUGUGUGGCCUUAGAACCUCAGAGUGCCUUCUUUGCUUUGGCCGUUGAGCAUUUUGAAGAGUGGUCUUGCAAGGACAAGGCUUGAGAUCUCUUUUCCGCCCGCUCCGCCAUCCUCUUUGGACUGGAGAAGCAGCAGCGCCGUCUGGGUCGGGACAGGGCAGAAGGUCGCUGAGGAUCCUCCCUCCGGGGGCUUUGGUCUGCUGGCAGAGAGGACUCUUCUUUCACGGCAGUCCAAGGUAACCUGAGGCCAGAAUUAGGUGGGGAGGGUGGACUCUGCCGCUUCUGGCUGCAACUGGAGGGGUGGGGAGGUGGAGGGGGGAGUUCUGCGUCCGAAUGCAGCACUACGUUGAACAGACAAAGACGCAGCUCGUUGGGCGUUGAGAACUGCUAGCUUUGUUGGCAAGAGGGAAUCUAGCACAGCCCUCUCCCUGCUAGGCGGCAGCUCCGUUCAGCAACAUCUGGAGCACCAUGGGUUGGGCAUCGGCGUCAUCUUGCUUAGCUGCGGUGACUCCCGGAAAAAUCUGUUCCUUGUCAUCUCCUUACUCUUGAGUGUCUUUCCCCCGCCGGAGUCUCUUCUUUUGAAAGCCAGGAUAAAGGAUUCUACACAACUGUGCCUUCUAACAGGGGUUCUCAUACUUGGGAGUCCCCAGAUGACACUGGACGAAGACUCCCAGCACCCUCUGCCAGUGUAGCAGGGGAUGAUGGGAGUUGUAGUCUCUCACCUGCGGCCCCAGGUCCAAAAUCCCUGGCCUUGCAAAGCAGACUGCCAGCGGCAGGUCUGUGGGGAAGAGAAGAAAUCCCUUUAUUUUGCAGAGGUGGGGAUGGUACCUUGGCAGGUGAUUUCACUCCACUUUCGAGGGUUUCAAGUUAGGGUUAGGUAUUGAUGCAGGGACUGUUUGGGAGUUGGAUUGUGGGGGCCAGGAUUUCUGGAGCCACAGCGUGUGCCGCUGGACCUUCUCCUGGCUGGCGCUGGCUUCUCUCCGUCCCCUUGCUCUGCACUCUGCCAUCCGUUUGCUGCCAACUUACCGGCCAUGGGUGCAGAGGAAGUGGUGGGCAGUGGAGUUUGUGGUGCCUAGCAGUACAAGCUCCACUGUCCCUCCUCUUCCUCUAGACCUUGUGAACAGCUGGACCAAGCAGGUAGAGGGUGGGAUCCGGUGAAGGGGGAGUUGGCAGAAGAUGGGCUGUACUUCAGAGCUGUGGUCCAUCCCUAACUGAGCCACGGGAAUCGAGAGCAGUGGCUGACAGGGGAAAUACUACAAACAUUUCUAUACUGCUUAUCAACAAACAUUCUCAAUGCAGUUCGAUUUUCUGUGUAAAGGGUCAAGCAAGCCAACUCUCUCCCCCGCCACCCACUGUGGUUAUAUAGGCACCUAGGAAGCUGCUUUAUACGGAGUCAGACCCUUGGUCCGUCUCUUUCAGUAAUGUCUGCACCCUGACGGGCAGCAACGUUCCAAGGUUUCGGGCAGGAGUCUUUUCCAGCCUGACAUGGAGAUGCCGCCAGGGAGGGGAGCUGGGACUGUUUGCAAGCAGGCAGCCGCUCGCACACUGAGCGAUGUCCCCAUUCCUUAAGGGGAAUAUUAUCGAGCAGCAAUCCAAGGUGGUCUCUGCUUCGCAGCGGGGACAAGUCAUGCUUGCUACCCCAAGCCCUGUUUCCAAAAGACAUUCAGUCUGGCCGAGCAGAGGGCUUGCCUCUCCCCCCGGAGGGAAGCGGGAAGGCAGGGGGUACACUUCAGGGUUCCCUGCCUGCACCCCUCUUGGCUGCUCGUUCAAAAGCCCCCACCCAGCCGAGCGGUUUCUCCACAAGGUCAAGCAAGAAGCUGGCUUGUGGGUAGCAGAAGCACGGGGUUACUUCGAGGCUCUGUUUUUCCUUGCCGUUUUCAAUUUUGUCAAUAAAGGUCAUUAUUUUCAAGAA